AUGUCAACAUUAAUGCCAUGUUUUUGUCCCAAGUUAACAUGUUUUUCAUGCUACGUGCGAGUAAUUUUUAGAGCAAUCGUAUUAUUGCCUCAAUGUGACGAGCAGUCGAUUACCAAUCACGUCAUGAAUAAUUACAAGAGUGCAAAACGACCGAUCAUUAAGACCGUUAUUGAUUUCUUAUUAACAAAUAAUAUGCUCGAAUCAAAGUCGGAAUUCAUAAUUGUUGAAUCUGCAGAUACUUGUGCAUAUGAUUCAAAUGAGGCAACAAUCACGACUGUGACUAACAGAUGUGAGGAACGUUCGAUAGAAGAAAUAGACGAACGCGGUGAACAUCAUUCACCGCAAUCAAAUAACGAAAGCGAACACGGUAAUAGGACUGCAGACAAUGCUACGCACGACCAACGUCCCGACAUCGCUAGAAGAUUUCUAUGUACCAUUUGCAACAAAGUAUGCCUUUCUGCAGGGGGGCUCAGAAGACAUCGCCUUGUCCAUAAAAGAUCAACAGUACGCUAA